AUGGGUGCUUCAUUGUGCAAACCUCGGCCUAAAAAGAGGAUAACGACGUCAAGUUGGAUCGCCAGUGAAAACGAAAAUCCAUUUGAGACGAAUUUUACAAAAAAAGAACGAAUAUGCUUGAGGGAGACUUACCAAGUAAAAAAAUUUUUAAAAUGACUGAUUUUAUUUAAAAUAAUUUUUUGAAAAUUUAAAUUCUGAAAUUUUUUAAAAAAAUUUUAGCAUUUUUAAAUUAAAAAUAAGUUUUUUUCAUGUAUAAUCAGUUUUUUAGAGGCUACACGACGCUAAAGAAGUGGUUGGCUUAAUAUUCGUUGAUCUAAUAGUAGAUUUGGUACCGGAAAUGAAAAAGGUAAGCUAUAUAAAAUUAUAUUUCAAAUAUCGAUUUUUCAUACCUUAACUAUAGGCCUCGUUUUUUACCGACAAUUAGCCUUAAAACUCCUAAAUUUUCAGGUUUUCGGAGCUGACCGUGUACCCAAAGUAAAUAUGAUGAAAAUGCCAAAGCUAGGUGGUCAUGUCGCGAGAAUGGCUGAUUUUCUAGAACAAAUGACAUCAAUGUUGGGCUUUACCGAAAAUCUAAUUGGAGCGUGGCAAUUGGCGAGGAAAACUGGUCGAUUACACACAAAAGUGCCAUUUUUAAUGCAGAAUCAAGAUCAGAUGGGACGAAAUUACUUUCAAAUAACUUGUGAUGUCUUUGUGACGGAGUUCAUUCCUUAUAUGACUGGAGAAAAGGUAAGAGUUUUGGUUGAUUAAAGCGCUUGGAAUUUGAUGAAUGUGGAUUUAAUAUAACAAAUAAAAGGUCAAAAGGUGUAGGAUGGAUAAAAUUUUAUAUUAUGUUAGACGUAAAGCUCCAGUUUGUGCCCUUUUUGACCCUUUUAAGACAUAUAAUACUAUCUAAAUCAAACUAAAACGCUUGUCAUUACCUAUACUUUCAUAAUUAUCAAAUUACAGGCCGACCCAACUGACCACGAGCCAGAAGAAGAUAAGAAAAAGGUCCGAUUCGCUCAGAACUACACGCCACAACAAGUGCAAGAUGCGUGGAAACGAUUCUUCGCCGUUGUCUCUGGUCAACUCACAGAAUCAUUCGAAAUCGAGCGACAGAAAGGUUUGAAUGCUGAUAAUCAAAAAACUUUGGCACCUCAUCAACACGUCGAAGCUGCUGAACAUAAACGGAAACAACAGGCGGUAAGGUUAAUACUAAGUUAUCUUUAUUGAUGGAAAAGGCAAAAAUAUAGAUAUUAGAUUAAAAAAAGGUGCAGAUGAUAGACUUUGAUGACCAAUUUAAUAUUUUUGUAAAAAAGGUCAAUUUAUGACAAUUUUUUUACCUAAAAUAUUAAUUUAAAACCUUCAUAAGCCUCCUUACAAAAACAGAAAUGAAAAUAAAGAAAGGCCAAACGUCGCCAUGAUAGCUCAGUUGGGAGAGCGUUAGACUGAAGAUCUAAAGGUCACCGGUUCGAUCCCGGUUCGUGGCAUUUUUGCUUUGGGACUAGAUAAGGCUACCGGGUCAGCCGGCCUAGAAGCUAACUCUUUUUAAGGCUUGAUAACACUUUUUUUCUGUGUAAAAGUAACUUUUUACAAACAUAUUUCACCUGAAAACUACAGAAAUUAGCAUAAAAAAUGUGUUUAACAAGCUAUUUUCGAAAAACGAAGCUAAUGGUCAGCGCUUUCAACCUUAGUAUCAUACUAACCUGUAGCUACAAAGGUUGCAGCGUAGUAUUAAAAUACUCUAAUUACAAUAUAUAGUACAAUAACUUGUUGUAGGAAAAGCAAAGCGAGCAGGAAACAGCCCAGACUAAUGAACGAGGAACUGAAGAAAUGUUUGAAGACCCAUUUUAA